UUGCAUCCUAUGGGUUACCAAUAAGUCCAUCAGCACCGUAUGGAUCAUUGGAUAUGAUGAAUUUUACAGAACAAAGUUCUUUUUACUAUCCCGACCGUGGCGGGGUGUCAAAUGCUGUGGGAAGUUCUUAUGCGUGUGUGGAAAGGUUGGCUUUUCAGCAAGCAGAUAGCCAACUUGAUUAUCAGUUGGAUUCCAAUGACCAAAAUGAUUCAGGGCCUAAACAAGGUGAAGGUGCCCUUGGGCGACUUGGUAUUUCUGAUGUGGCUAAUAAUGCAAUAGCCAGGCCUCUUGCUCGUUCAUUAGAUGAGAAGAUGCUAAGGGCACUCUCCUUGUUCAAGGAGUAUUCUGGAGGGGGAAUUCUGGCUCAGGUCUGGGUCCCCAUAAAGCUUGGGGAUCUGUAUGUCUUAAGCACCUAUGAGCAACCUUAUUUACUUGACAAAAUGCUAGAAGGAUAUCGAGAAGUAUCCAGAACAUUUACCUUCUCUGCCGAGGAAAAACCGGGUACUUUUCUGGGCCUUCCUGGUCGUGUUUUUACGUCGAAAGUUCCAGAAUGGACUUCUAAUGUAAUGUAUUACAAUAAUAGUGAAUAUUUACGGGUAAAACAUGCAGUUCACCACAAUAUCCAUGGUUCUAUUGCCUUACUAGUAUUUGACUCUUCUGAUAAGUCCUGCUGUGUGGUGCUGGAACUUGUCACUAUGAAAGAAAAACCCAACUUCGACUUGGAAAUGGAGAAAGUGUGCCUUGCCCUCCAGGCUGUAAAUUUGAGAACUACACCACCGCCACGGCUUCUUCCACAGUGCCUCUUCAGUAAUCAGAGAGCUGCCUUGACUGAAAUAAUAGAUGUCUUGCGCGCUGUAUGUCACACGCAUAGGUUUCCAUUGGCUUUGACAUGGAUCCCGUGCUGUUUUUCUGAGGGAGCUGCUGAUGAAAUACUAAGAGUAAGCGUUAGGGAUGGUGACAGAAAUGCUAAUGAGAAAUGCAUCUUAUGCAUUGACGAUACUGCUUGUUAUGUGAAUGAGAAGCAGAUGCAAGGAUUUGUUCAUGCAUGUGCAGAGCACUAUCUUGAGGAAGGGCAAGGAAUAGCUGGAAAAGCACUUCAAUCAAAUCAUCCCUUUUUCUAUUCUGACGUUAAGGCCUAUGACAUUUAUCAGUAUCCUCUCGUCCAUCACGCGUGCAGGUUUGGCCUGAAUGCUGCUGUUGCAAUUAGGCUGAGAAGCACCUUUACAGGUGAUGAUGAUUACAUUUUGGAGUUUUUUCUACCUGUCAACAUAAAAGGAAGUGCAGAGCAACAACUAUUGUUGGACAACCUCUCACGUACAAUGCAGAGGAUUUGUAAAACUUUGAGGACAGUAUCAGAUGCAGAAUUAUUCAGUACAGAAGGCUCUAAAGUUGAGUCACAGGAAGUAUCACUCCCAAACAUUUCAUCAAUUCCCACUUAUAGAGGGAGCCAUCAGAUAGUUUUAUCCGAUAACAGCACGUCUUCAAUAGAUAGGGGGCCCCCUCAAAUGUAUCUACGUCAAGAAGAACGGUCUCGGAUCUUCCUUGAAAGCAGGACAUUUCCUUUACCCUUCUUUACCUGUAGUGAACAUGUUUUACUCGAACUUUUCUCUAUCGCCUUUGUAUGUUGUUUUUGGACUUCCUUUACUUGCCAACGCCCUCAAUCUGCCUAGGGUACUUUGUUUUAACACAUCAGUUGGUGGUUCUGCUUUGAUGUCAUUUUCUUUCAAAAUCCCUGUGAUAGAAUUAGGGUUAGAAAGUUAAAAAGAAAAAAGGUUUCCUUAUGAAUUUUUAUUUUGGUCGGAAUCCUUAUGACUGUUCAUGCUGUAAUCUAUAAUAUAUUUAUCUUCAAUAAUUUAGUAUUGUGUGAGGGAAUGACAGCUGGCAGGAUUGUCAUCAUAUGUAAGAGAACUAUAUAGUUUCAUGUUUGUUGGGCUACUAGACAAUCUGAAGUACACCUUAUUACGUCCACGAUUGUUGCUGCUGACAUUUGAAGUUUCUGAUACAUAUAUAUUCAGCAGAAGUACCUGUUGCUAGGGAUAACGGUUUACAGAGUCUAAAAGAGUUGAUGAGGGGAUUUUAGUAAUUGGACCACUUCUUUUUCCCUCCAAAAUCUGUUACGCUGAGGCUAUGUCAUUGUAGGCCAAAAAAAGAAAACAACUUGAAUGUGCCCUGUUUUUUAUUUCCACAGUAGAGAUUAUAUGUGGAAUUUGGGUCAAAUAUGUUUGUUAGAAUAUACAAACCAAAAAGUUUAAGCUAUUAGGUGAGAAGAAUAGCCUCAUAGACAAGCAAUGUGAGAUACUUCAACAAUGCUGAUAUUGGUGAACCCAAAAAUCCUAAAAAGUUGAGAACUUGUGGGAACUAACAGAUUCCAGAUUCCUUAUUCCGGAGGUUCCAAGGGGUCAGAAGAUACGUUUUUAGGUUUAAAAAAUAAUCUAGUAUCUGCGGGAUAGGUUCCAGGGUGGCAGAGAUAUACGCUAUACGACUUGGAACUCCAUUUCAGAUUUACAUUUUGACAUUUAUGCAUAUGGCGUAAAUUUGGAUCUUCUUGAAAGAGCUGAAGGUAGUGUUCUGUUCUUUGCUCUUCUUUUUUAUAAUUUACACUAGAUUAGAUUACAGAAUGGCAUCAUCAUCUAGGGGAAUGAGGCUGCCUUUUGGAAUGCGACCACAGUCGGGCUCAGGGGCACAGAUACAUUUUCCAGCCUUUCUUUUGACUUUUCUGCAAAAUCAAUGGCCAAAUAAUUGUUUGAAUUGACGAUUUUUGUGGGUUAUGAUGGGGUUUUUGGUUAGGUGUUUAUCAAUGUUCCCUGGUGGUAUCUGGCGUUCUACGCAAUGAUCAGCCCUUUUUUGACCCAUAGGACCAAGAGCAAGUUUGUGUUUGCAUGCCCCUCGAGAAUUGCGGAGACACUUUUCAAGUAAAUAGAUCCAAACGCAUUUCGAUGCAUUAAGUUCUAAUCAUCUCCUCCUGGAGCCUUUGUUAUAGUCAAAACAUUGUGCUUGUAUGAUUGGCAGGUACAUUUCUCCUGAGCAAGUACCGGUGCAGUAUGGUGGCCUGAGUGUCGAUUAUUGCGAUUGCGAUCCCGAAUUUACUGUUUCUGACCCUGCAACCGAGAUGACAGUUAAGCCGGGGACCAAACAAAUUGUGGAAAUCAUAAUCUAUGAGGCAUAAACAGAUAUUUUCAU